UGUGCAUGAAAAGAAAAAAGUGCCGAAAGAAUAAUUCAACAACAAAUAUAAACGGUAUAACCACGUUAUAUAUAUCAUUUUUGAAUUAAAUGAAGUAUGGAUUUUUUUAAGAUAUAACGAGCUCACUGGGACUUUAUACUGCUGGACAACGGAGAGCUGUGUGUGACAUCGCCAUGGCCGAGACGAUUGUUGCAUUCGAGUGGGAUGAGAUGAGGAGGAUCGAGCCGCAGAACCUCCACGAAUGUGACAAAGAUGAAUUGGACGAUCUUGUAACGCGGGUCACCUCGGUAACUAUCCAACACGAAUACACAACUGAAGAAUGGCGGCUGGAGCAUCAAGCUCAGCAAGAUGUCGUCCACGUACUGCGAGUGUUUCAGUCUCUGCUCAAGAUGAAACAUCAGGAAGCGUCUCUCGCCGAGCAGUUGAUAGAAGAACAAGAGAAAAAUGAAAAUAAACUUCAAGCCAAGAUGUUGCGACUGGAGGACGAACUCAAGCACGCCAAGAGCGGCAAUGGCGGUGGCGGGACAGACAGUCGCUUCUUGAGGAAUGAAAUCCGUCAGCUGGAGACGCAACUGGAACAGAAGGAAAAGGAAGUGAGCCACUUGAGGAGGGAGAUGGGAGGAAGCAAAAAGACUACCGAGGAGUUGGUCCAGCGAGCAGAAGCGGCCGAGGACGAGGUGAAGACGUUGAAAAGAGAAAUAAAAAAGCUCAAGAAGAAGAACACGCAGCUCCAGCGAGAUGUGGACUUUUAUCAAGGAGAGUUGGAGCGUAAGGAGUCGGCUGCGUCCAAAGAGGAGACCGCCGAAACUCAGAGGAAGCUCAGCUCAGCCAACCGCCAGCUCUCCCAGUGCCUGGACGACCUUCAGCAAGCGGAAGAUGAGAUCUCACGGCUGAAGGAGGACAACCUCCACAUGCAGAAAUGUGUGAUGGAGUCAGCCAAGGAGAUGGAAAAGAUGAGCGACGAGUACAACCAGAUCAAGAUGGCCGUGCAUCAGUGCGACUCCUUGACCGACCAGCUGAGGAAAGAAAGAGAUCGUGCCGAGCUGCAGGUCAGAGAGCUGACGCAGAAGAUUAACUCCAUGACGGAAGAGGACGACCCCAUUAUCGCAGCAGUGGACGCCAAAGUGGAUCAAUGGAAGAAAGUGCUGUCUGAAAAGGAUGAGGAGAUCUCAGUGUAUCAGCAGAUGAUCCGUGACCUUCAGCACAAAUUGCGUGUGGCCCAGUUGGACUUGGACAGGAGCAACAUUGUCACCUUGCAGCAGGCCGUGGAGGAGCGAGAUGAUCAGUUAAAGAUUCUGAGAGGGCAAGUGGAGCAGUUUACAGGCGAAAUGGAGAAGCAGACGCUGCUCAUGGAGGGACUCAAGGUGCCCAAACAGGAAAGUGGAGCGCUGGUCCCGCAGAGAAAGAUGGAGGAGCUCGCGUCCAUCGAGAUGAGAGCGGCGGAAGCGGAGGCGGCUUUAAAACGAGCCGAAGCUCACGCCGAGGAAAAAGACCGAGAGCUCAUCGAGGCCACCAAGCGCCUGAGAGAGUACGAACGUGGCAUUUAUGGCCUGCGGGAAGCCAUCGGUGAGAUCAAGGAGUGCAAGAGUCAAAUUCAAAGGAGAGAUUUGGAGUUAGAAUCCAUGACCAAAGACAUCAACCAAGCGUACAUGAUGAUCGAUCAGCUCUCCGAGGAAAAUGAGGACUUUCGAGAAAGACUGGGCUAUCAACCCAAACAGGAAGUGGACCUUGGCGAGUUCAGACGAGCCAGAGACCUUAAACAACGGCAAUACAAAGCCGAAAACCAAAUACUUGCUAAAGAGAUUGAACGUCUUGAAGAGGAACGACUGGAGAUGAAGAAACAAGUGCGACUUCUGGCCAAAGAGAAAGGGCUGCCACCGUCCAUCUUGGCGGAUGUCUCACACAGCACAAGGAAGCCGACAACUCGCACAGAUGAAGAGCUACGAGCCAAGAAUGAGCAUCUGGAAGAAGAAGUGAAAAUGCAGAAGAGACAGAUGGAGCUCCACAAGACGCAGUUUCAGCUCAAGUUGGAGCAGCUCUCCAAGGAGAAACGAGAUGUGGAGGCUGCACUCAAGGACGUCCUCCAGGCUUUGAAGGCCAAGGAGACCAGUCCAUCCGACGCAGACUCUGGUAUUUCCGGUCUGGUGGAUACAGAGGUCAUGGGGAAGCACCUGACGUCAGACCUCAAGUCUCAAAUCCACCAACUAGUGGGCAGAAACGAGGAGCUCCGUCGGGAGCUUAAGUCCACCCGCGAGGAAGCGACUGGCAGUGUGGCUCAACUCGCCGUAGCCAAAGAGAAGAUGAGCCACCUGGAGGCCAAGCUGGAGCACCUGAGGAAGUCGGGCGGUAUCGGUGGCGCCAUCUUCCAGCCAUUGACCAUCCCUGAGGGCCUGGAAGCCAGCAGCACAGAGGUCAUCAACUCCUUGAACGAAUACGUCGUUCGACUGCUUCAGGAAGUCCAGAACCAGGAGAACACGCGGGACAAGCUGACGACGACACUGGAGGAAUACAAAGAGAAGUUUGCCAUUAUUAGCCACCAGCAAGGGCUUCUGUAUGAGGAGUACCUCAGUGAGAAGUCGCAAUGGGACAAGGAGAAAGAAGCUUUGACGAGCACCAGAAGCAAACUUGAAGAGAAACAGCAGUUGGAGGAUGUUAAACUCCAGCAGUUCAGUGACCUACUGGAAGCCCUUGAGAAGGACCCAGAGGAACUCAAGCGGCAUCUGAGCGAAGCGCUGCGCAAGUUGACCGUUGCCAAAGUCAAUGAGAAGAAGCUGACUCGACGCUGUACCACACUGAUGGAGCAAGAGCAGCACCUGCGUAAGGAAAAUGGCCGACUGAGGGACGCCGAUGUUCAAAUGCAGACAGCCGUCACGCAGAGGAUGGGCGACUUGCUCAGAUACAAGGAAACUGCAGCGUACAGGGUGGCAGCCUUACAGAAGGCCUUGGACGACAGCGUGCCGGCGUCGGAGCUGGAGAAGGCCAACAGGCAGUACACGGAGCUCACCGUCAAAUACAGAGACGUGCUACAAAGAGACGGACUGCUGGUCAAGAGGACCACAAACUUGGAAAAUCUGGAGAGUGAGAAUGCAUCUCUAAGAGGACACGUGGCUACCAUUAGCAAGGAGCUGGAGAUCGCCAAGGAGAAGUUACACACGCUGGAGCACGCGUGGGAGAAUGCGAAGCUGGAAAUAAGCCAGGGCGAUGCAGAGAAAGGCCCAGACGAGGGGGCGUCGGUCGCCCGGCGGAUGGCCACGCUGGAGAUGAAGGAGCUCAACGAGCGUCAAAGGGCGGAGCACGCCACCGCCAUGUAUGAACGGAUGAGGAGCUCACUCAGCAAAGUGGAGGAGCGCAACAGUGAGCUGGAGGCCAAGUUUGCUGAGCUGACCAAAAUGAACGUGGAGGCACAGCACCUGGAGCGAGAGCUGAGGGACGAACUGGCUGACUGUGUCACGAAAGCGGCCGGCGACGCCGACCGGGCGAGGAUCGCACAGCUGGAGGCCGCCGAGGCACAACUGCGCUCCGAGCUUUCAAAACUUCGGGAGGUUUCCGACAUUGCCAUGAAACAGGCGUCAACUUUCCAGGCCAGACAACAUUCUAAAGAUAAGGAGGUGGAAUCUUUGCGGAAACAAAUCUUAGACUACCAGUCUCAAUCGGACGAGAAGGCCCUGGUUGCCAAGCUCCACCAGCACGUCGUGGCUCUGCAACUCAGCGAGGCGGAUUCCUUGGCUAAGUUGUCCGCUUCGGCCGCCCACGUCCGACAUUUGGAGGCACUCUUGCGGCGCACCGAACAACGUCUGGAUACCAGCGAGCGGACGCUGUUCCAGGCCCGGCAAGAGGCUGGCAGCCGGUGCCGGCGCCUGCGGCAGACAGUGCAGUCCCUGCGCCGGCAGUUUGCUGGCGCGCUGCCGCUGCAGCAGCAGGAGAAGUUCUCGUCCACCCUUGUGGGCCUCCAGGAGGAGAAGGCAAAGGCGUACCAGGAAAGGAGGCAGGCGGAGGAGGAGCGCAGGAGGGUGGAGGGCCGGGCACAAGAGAUGGAGUUGAGGCUUCGAGGCCUAGCGGAGCUCUGCGCCACGUUGAAGGAUGCCAAAGGGGCCCAGAAGGUACGCGAGUGGCACAAGAAGAUGGAAGAAGCCCAUUUGCAGGAGCUGAGGAAGAGCAGGGAGGUGACAAUGCAGAAAGAAGAGAUCCGCUACCUGAAGAAUCUGCUUGAGGAGCAGGAGAGAAUCAUCCACUCACUGGGCGAGGAGAUUGUGCAGCAAAAUAUGAUUCAAGAAGAGCGCCAGCUUGCGUGGGAUCAGCGCGAGUUGGAAUUGGAGCGUCAGUUGGAUCAGCACGACGACUUACGCGGAGGCACGGAAAAGGCAAUCGAUGCCCCCAGCUACCUCCCGGAUACAAAUCUACCUCUCGCUCAACAACUUGAGUUUGCCUUGCGAAAAAUCAGCGAGCAAGUCGACGUCAUCUCCAACACGCAGGCCACAGGAAAACGUUUGGAGGAGAAACUGAAGGAGAAGGACGAAGCCUUGAGGAAGUCCGAACAAAACGUGGCGUCCAGGGACAAAGUCAUAAACGAGCUGCGUCUCCGCCUCCCGUCCGUCGUUGCCAGUGGCGGCCGUUUACUGGCCGACUCUUCUGAACGUGACGGAGAAGCUCUCAAGCUGGUGUACAAAACCGUUAAAGAUCUCCAAGGGCGACUGGACAAGAAAGACGAUGUACUCAAGAAGUACCAGAACCAGCUGAUGCAAGCUGUAAAGGAUCAAGAGGAGCUGAUCAAGAGGCACGACCAAGAGCUGAGGAUGCUUUAUCAGAAGCUGGAUUCCAACAAUGACACCACCCUGGAGCGUCUCAAAAAACAGGCAGCGGAAAUGAUGAAAAAGCCGAGCAUCACUGUGCCGACCUCCAAACAUUUGGAUCGCAUGGCCGAGUUGGAGCAGACUGUGGUCGAACAGGAUAUGUCGCUCGUCUCCGUUACCAAUAAGCUGAAGAUGGCUGCCGUGGAAUUGGAGCAAGUCAAGUUGGCCAUGGAUACGCAGGCAAAGAAACACGCUGACGAAAUGUCCAGGUUGAAGGAGUCUCAUGUCGUAGAGGUGGAAGACCUGACCAUGGAGACCAAAGACCAGAGGGGAGAAAUAACAGAACUGAAGAAGGUGAUUGACUCCCUGCAGAAAGAACUGGAGAGCCAAAUAGAGGCCAACAAUCUGUCCCCAAGCAACACCCUAAAGAACUUGGUGGAACGCCUAAGACUGCAGCUGAUCCACAAAGAGAAACAAAUCAAGGCUCUCAGCAAGGUUCUCUUAGAACUGCGGACCCAGAUGACGUCUGCCGCCGAACAACAAGUCUUGGCCAACGCCGCUCAGACCGAGGAGAGGCUCAACGUACAGAAGUUAGUCGACAAGCACACCAAAGAUCUGAAGGCUCAGGUGCAAGAACUCAGCAAUGAGCUACAAGUGGCCAGGGAGUCAGCUAAAAGAAAUGAGAACACCCUCAGAAAGGAGGUGGACAAUCUCAACCAAGAGCUCCAGAAGAGCCAAAAUCGUCACAAGACCCUUCAAGUCAAGAAGGAGGAAGCCGAGCAGGAAAUCCAGGAGCUCCUAAAACAAGUCAAAAGACUCAGCAGCUGCAUUCAGAAUCAAGCCAUGCUCGAUGGUAAGGGGCCAACUGUUGAGAAUCUGCAGAAGAAGAUCAGAAAGUUGGAGUCAGACUUGGAGAAGAGUGCUGAAACCAAAAGAGUCAUUCAGGGAAAGAGCAAAGAGGAAAUAUUGCUGUGGGAGGAGGGGAAGAAGUGGCAGUCCAAGCUUGAGAAGAUGAAGAAUGCACUGAAGGACAAAGAACAAGAAAAGGACUCCCUGUCCAAACAACUCGGCACUAUCAAAGAUCUUUAUGGCAGACUAGAGCGUGAGAGGAACGUACUGCAGAGGAAAACAAAAGCUAGAGGUGUGACGGCAGACCAGGUGGCGGGAGCGAGACGAGAUGAACUGGACAAAGACCUCGAGGAGCUGAGGAAAAAGAAUGCAGAAUUGGAGACUCAGUUGAUCGCCAUAAAGCAGCAACAGGCUCUAAGCCGUGACGCCGCUGUGGAAGAUCUGACUCGGAGGAACUGCCACCUUGAGGAAAGACUUCGAGUCGUAGAGAACCAGACAUCUCCCUCGAGACAGCCUUCGGUUUUGUUGCAUGCAAAGGGGAAAAACCUGGAAGCUUUCAAAGGGAUGACUUUUGACAUUAACAACGGGUCGUCCGAAGCGAUUGAGACACACCAUCCAAAUGAACCACGGCGCUGCUCCGUGGACGUCAACACAAACAGCCCGGAACAGUCCGUGUCCGAAACCGACACUGAAGAAAAGAGCACGAACCCCGAGGUGCCCAAUAACCAGACGGCAGAAAAAAACAACAUAGAGGGUGCAGAUGAGAUGGAAACAAAGGAAAGUAAAGGGAAAUCUGAGGCCAUACCAGAUGGUUCGGAAAUUGCAGAGCCUGGAUCAGGAGGAUGUGAAUCAUUGUCUGCUGAAGAAGUUGAAACCAAAGAUUACAUUAAUAAAGAUGAUAAAUUGACAAGUCAACAUAGUGAUAAGGAUGCGGGGAAAUCCGGUGCAGAAAAGCCUGAGCGGACAGAACAAGAUGAAGUGUCUACAAGGGAGGCAACGGCAGAUAUUCCAGAUGUGACCAAAUGUGAGAAACCAAGCCAAAGCCAAGACAGCGCUAUCAGGAAACAAAUGGAUGAUGGUGUGCAAAAGUCAGAAAGCAGGUCGCAAAUCUAUCCAAAGUUGUCAGCAAUAGAUGCGGAGAUGCCAAGAAACACGGACCUCCAGAAGGAAAACCUCAAACUGGCUUCGGAGAAUCUGGAACUGCGUCUCCAACUGGCACAGGCCAACAUCGACCUGCCGAGGCUGAAGAGUAAAGUUGCCGACCAGGAGGAGCUGUUCGGUGCGUUGAAAAAGGAACGUGCCGAUUUGCAGAAGAGACUGACCAAUGCCAAAGUUGGCUACAGCGGGAAAACUGUGCCUGAACUCGAAAAAACUAUCCACUUGAUGAAGAAGGUGGUGGAGAGGUUACAAAAGGAGAAUGAGACGCUAAAGAGAACCUGUGAUACUCAAAGUCAGGACAAGGCGCUGGAGCAAGAACACAAAAAACUACAGGCCCAAUACGACCAAGUGAAGAGUCAACAUGAAGCAGAGAUUCGCAAAAUGGAAUCGAGAUGCAGAGGACUGGAGAAAAUAGUCAUGGAGAAUGACCGUCUCCGAAAGCAAGUCAAAAGGCAGGAAGCGGAGGCGACAGAGAAGCUGCGAGUAUCCAAGACCAACGUGGAGUUAAGCUGUGAAAAGCUGGAGCUGGAGCUGGAGGAAACCAAGCAGAGACUCCAGGACGCGCUGUCGAAAGCCACCAUGAAAGUCGCUGACAGCAAAGCCACCAAGGCGUCCGUGGUGACUCGAAUGUUUGAGAACAAGAUGAAAGAGUUGGAGAAGGAACUCUCAACGAAAACCUCCAGUCUCGCGGAACUCAAACAGAAGUUGAAGGAGGCGGACCUACGUGAGGAGACGGCGCAGAUCCGUAUCCGGCGACUCGAAAAUCAGGUUGACAAAUUAAACUGCCGUCUGCAUACUGAGGCAGAUGUCUCUAAGAUAACAAGUGAGUUGAGGAAAGAGAACACGGAAUUAAAAAAAAGACUGGACGAGUACAGCGAGCAGCACAGCGGGUCAUCCAAACACGACACAGAUAACAGGAAGCUAAAAGAUCUCCUUAAGUCGGCGGAGGCGGAGAAGCGCAAAUUGGAAGCCCAAAUCCAACAGUUAAAGGACCAAUCGAGCAAGUUGGACGCCGCCUUCUUUGAUGAAAUUGAGGAUUUGAAGUACAAUUACAAUGUGGAGGUGAAGAAGAACAUCAUGCUGGAGGCGCAGCUGAGGAAAGUGGCGGAUAGCGCCUCUGGAGACAUGCUCAGUUGAGAUCAAAAUUGCUCAUGCAGCUUUUAGUAAAUAACUUAAUGUCUUUGAUUUUACUUGAGCUAAUAUUCAGUGCCUUAAGCAUAUUAGGACAGGGAUAUUUUUAACAGUGGUUGGAAGUCUUACAAAUGUUACUUUCAUAAGGGCAGCUUCAAAUGUAGUAUUCUGUAUUUUUUUUUUUUAUGUUUUACACCUGUACAGUUCUCAUGUAGUAUUUAUAUUUACAAAUAAAACAUUGGCAAGCCGAUGAAGCAAUUAUU